AUGCCCCGUACCCGUAGUAAUCCCUGGAUUGCCGAUAACUGUGCCCUCGUCAUCAUUCACCUCGACGCACUCAUGAUCGACCUCAAAGCCCAGAUCGGUUGCUGCAAGCAAGAACUUCAGUCUGGUAGGUGUGAACCUCCGUAUGGCUUCCAGCACGGGUUUGAUCUUCAAGAAGCCAUCCGCUAUUUGAAAUUGGAACUUGAUGUGUACCGCCACUUGAAAUACCAUCUCUUCCAUUGCAACUCCGAGGACUCGGAGAGCGACAACGAGGAGGUGUAUCACGAGGAGGUGGAGGAUGACGAAAUGGUCGAGGCGGAAGGGGACGAAGAAAAAGGGGACAACGAAGAGGAAAGCGAUGAGGAGAUGCAUGAUGCUAAAAUGGACGAGGAGAUCCACAACGAUACGAGUGGUAAUUACAAACCGACGGACGAGGAAGAAAGUGACGAGGAGGAAAGUGACGAGGAGGAAAGUGACGAGGAGUAG